AACCUCAAAAUUUUGUUUACAUUUCCAUCAGUUAAUAAUCGAAGUGUUAAAAAUUGAUUUUCUUGGUUAAAAAUGAAGGAAUCUGAAGUUGAUACUAAAAAUUUAGUUAAAAGCAGAGAAUUGCUUUAUAGAUUAAUUAUAAGUCAACUCUUUUAUGAUGGACACCAAACCAUUGGUACAAAUCUUACAUCCGCUGUUCAAGCUGAACCUGCUUGCGCCCCCAGCGAUCGUUUAUUACACAUUAUGAUUGCCGGGUUAGAACAUGAACCUGAUCGCAAGGAAAGACCACAUAACUUUGGUAUUGGAACGAAUUCUAUUGGUCCAGGUUUAGAUUUAGAAUUUGAAACUGACGCAAAUUUACCAGCCCCUGAACCGGCUUUAUAUGAAACAGCUUAUGUUACUUCCCAUAAAGGAAAUUGUAGGGCUGGUUGUUUUUCAAGUGAUGGGCAAUUAAUUGCAACAGGAAGUGUUGAUGCUAGCAUAAAAAUUUUAGAUGUUGACAGAAUGUUAGCAAAAUCAGCUCCUGAUGAAAUGGACCCUUCAAGAGGUGAACAACAAGGUCAUCCUGUAAUUCGAACUUUAUACGACCAUAUGGAAGAAGUAACAUGUCUUGAAUUUCACCCAAAAGAACCUGUUUUAGUUUCAGGUUCAAAAGAUAACACCGUAAAAAUGUUUGAUAUUUCAAAAGCGAGUGUUAAAAAAGCUUUCAAAACAAUCACUGAAGCUGAACCAUUAAAAUGCAUGUCUUUUCACCCAAGUGGUGAUUAUUUAAUUGUUGGGACUCAACAUCCGGUUGUUCGCCUUUAUGAUGUUAACACAACUCAAUGUUUUGUCUGUAGCUUUCCAUCACACCAACAUACCAGCACAAUUACUUGCGUGAAAUGGUCCCAAGAUGCGCGAGUUUAUGCAACAUGUAGUAAAGAUGGUAGCAUAAAGUUAUGGGAUGGAAUCUCUAAUAGGUGUAUUAAUACUUUUUCGAAAGCUCAUGAUGGUUUGGAGGUAUGUUCUGUUGCUUUUACAAAGAAUGGAAAAUAUUUGUUAUCAUCUGGAAAGAAUUCCAUUUGUAAAUUGUGGGAAUUAACCACAAGUCGAUGUUUAAUUGCUUAUACUGGGGCUGGAACAACUGGAAAACAAGAAUAUGAAGCUCAAGCUGUUUUUAAUCAUACUGAAGACUAUGUUUUGUUCCCUGAUGAAGCCACCACAUCUUUAUGCGCUUGGAAUUCUAGGAAUGCUUCUAGAAAACAACUUAUGUCUUUAGGGCAUAAUGGAGCUGUUCGAUUAAUUGCUCAUUCGCCUACUCAAGCUGCUUUUUUGACUUGUUCGGAUGAUUUUAGAGCUAGAUUUUGGUAUAGAAGAACUCCUACUUUAUAAAAUUAUGUAUUCCAUAAUAAAAAAUUAAUCUUUAUUAUAAACAAAA